GAAGAUUACUGCAACAAGGGUUGAUACCCCUGCGUCAUCAGCGCGUGUGAACGAAAUCCUGAACCGAUAAACAAGACGAUAUUAAAGCCUCAGAUGUGUGAGGGGCCAUCAUCAAUAUCUGGGCCAAUCCCCCCAGAUCCUUCUCUGUUUCCUCAGUACUACAAACGACCUGCUUCAGCUCGUGGACGGUUAGAGGGAAACCAUGAUGGAACUUUGGCCCUGCUCAGAGGGCCACUUGCUCCAGAUCCCGUGUUGCACCCUGGCUGCUACAGUGCUCAUACCUCUGCACAUCCGCCCCGUAUUGGCCCUAAUGCCACCCAUAUUCUGGAAAGAGGACAAAGAGGGGUAGUGGGGGAACUACUCAAACUAGAUGGUAUUUCGAUCCCCCCUGUUCCCAAACAGAAACAGCGAGUACAUGACUUUAGUAAAGAGAAUGUGCGUCUUCUCCGGGAAAUCCAGAGACGCUGCAAGGAGCAGGAGGCUGAGAGAGCACAGUCUUGUCUUGUUCCAGUCAAAGCUCUUUGGACCUCCUCCAAAUACAAGAAUGUCCCAUCCAGGGUGAUGGCUCAGCUACAGGUUUCUAGUCCAACUGCUAAACCACAGUGUCAAAAAUUUCUGAAGGCCCACUCUAAUGGUGGAAAUACCACCCCACCAAGACCACGGUCCAAACCUUCUUAUGUAGCUUUGCAACGCUUUGCCUCCUGCAACUCUACACAUGACGAGGAUUUGCAAUUACAGGUGCAAGGUCAGACCAUAGACUUCAUAAAACAUAAUGCCUUGGCUGCCGGAAAAACUGGGCUGCGUCGGUCCCAGUCACUGACCAACCUAAGAGAUAAGCCUGUGCCCAGUGCUGUCAAGGGACAGGUACCUCAGUAUCUUGAGGAAAGGAAGGAGCAGUGGCGUAAAGAGGAGGAGGAGAGGAGGAGGAAUGCACCUGAUCCUACAGUCCCAGCUGGUCACACCCUGAUGCCUGAGAGUGAGAGACAGGAGACACUGAAGUCCCUAAAAGAGACCCAUCGCUCACUGGUGACUGAACUGCUGUCUCUCCCUCUCAAAGCUGACAAUCUGAGUGUUCGCUCAAGAAGGGCUCACCUUGAUUGUAGGCUUUCUGAAAUCGAGGAGGCUAUUAAGAUAUUCACCAGGGACAAAGUUUAUAUAAAAAUAGAUUCCUAACACAUGAGGAGUAGGAGGAGGAGAUGUUCCUGUAAAUCCACUGCUUUAUCAAGAUUAAUUCUCAUUUUGUAGAUAUAUUAUGUAACAUAACACUGAAACUUGUACAAUAGAUGAUUAUUUUAACGUUUUAAAAGUAGUUUCAUUUUGUAAAUUUAAAAAACUGAAUUUUAAAUGGAAUGAUUAUUACUUAAGGUCAACCACAGGUUACUGAAUAUCAGUUAUAUGCUACUGAAUAACAUGCAAUUUUCUCUUGGAAGAAAAAAACAAGUUAGAGUUACAAAAUUUAAAGGUAAAAUCUAUUUGCUCCUUAAGAAUCGUUUGCAGAGAUGUGUUUUGUUUUGUUUUUGUGUAAAACUGGCUGAAUUUUUUUUUUGUGAA